AGUGAGGCUGCACGUAUAAAAAGGGAGAUCAACUGUUGCGGAGAGCACUCUCAACUCACCCUGCACUCCACCAAGAUCCCAGACCACUGAGGAGAGCAAAACACUUCCAGAGAUCCUCCAGAGAUGGCGAAAGUUUUCAAGAAGACGAGUGGAAACGGAGGACUGACCCUCUACCUGGGGAAGAGAGACUAUGUGGACCAUUUUGACAAAGUGGACAUAGUUGAUGGUGUUGUGAAGCUGAACCCAGCAGAUUUUAAAGAUAGAAAAGUGUACGUGCAGCUGGCGUGUGCCUUCCGUUAUGGCAGCGACGAUCUGGAUGUGCUGGGCCUGUGCUUCAGGAAAGACAUCUGGAUCCAGCACGUCCAGAUCCACCCGGAGAACCACAAGCCCACUCUGAGCGCCAUGCACGAGACGCUGCUGAAGAAGGCCGGGGACGACGCGGCCCCCUUCUCGUUUGAGAUUCCCAACAACCUGCCGUGCUCAGUCUCUCUGCAGCCCGGACCUGAUGACAAGGGGAAGGCUUGUGGCGUCGACUUUGAGGUGAAAACUUACCUCGCCAAGGACAGGACCAACCCUGACGAGAAGAUUGAAAAGAAGGACACUGCUCGCCUCAUCAUUCGUAAAGUCCAGUUUGCUCCCUCUCAGGUGGGCGACGGGCCCAAAGCCGAGAUCUGCAAAAGCUUCAUGAUGUCCGACAAGCCUGUUUAUCUAGAGAUUUCCUUGGAGAAAGAUCUCUACUUCCACGGCGAAGCGAUCCCAAUCAAAAUCAAAAUCAACAACGAGAGCAACAAAACGGUCAAGAAUAUCAAAAUUAUUGUGGACCAAACCACAGACAUCGUCCUCUACUCAGCAGACAAAUACACCAAGGCUGUUCUCACCAACGAUUUUGGAGAGACCGUGGAGCCCAGCAGCACCUACGAGAACACGCUGACCAUCACCCCCCUGCUGACUGAGAACAAGGAGAAACGAGGUCUGGCGCUGGACGGACGACUGAAGGACGAGGACACUAACUUGGCCUCCUCCACCAUGCUGACAAAGACUGUCGAAAAAGAUGUGCUGGGAAUCCUGGUUUCCUACAAGAUCAAAGUUAACCUCAUGGUGGCUGGAGGAGGCCUGCUGGGUGGCCUCACUUCCAGUGAUGUCACAGCAGAGCUGCCACUGCUGCUCAUGCACCCUAUGCCUGAAGAGUCUUGAAAGAAAACUCCCCCAUAGUCAAGAGUUUCCCCGGAGGUUGAGAAGGAAGCCACAUACAGACAGGAAGACAACUAGGGCAAGCAACAAGACAGAAAGAAGCCGAGGACUCUGACAUAAACAACCAAAUAACAGAAACCAAGAAACUGAAGACAAUGACCUUAAGGAUACUCGUACAGAUGUGACAUCUGCCUCCUCACAGAUUGUUUUUGAUGUUUAAUUGAAGUAAUUUAGCUGUAUAGAAAGUACUUGGAUAUCAAAUUAGUAUCCCACACUUUGUGACCAAAGAAUGUGUUUCUGUGUAUAGAAACACACACCUACAUGUUCAGAAUAAAUGUCCUUUUUGCCUCACUGUAGAAUAUGAGUGAAGGAAGGUGGGAAAUCAGAUUGAAGCCAAUAAUAAACAUCAGUGUGCUUUGGAUUAAAGUGGUAAACACCUCUCUUGUUUUGAAUGUUACUUUCACUUUCUGUGAAAUGUACCAGUUUCUGUUUUUUGACUGGCUAAGUCAAAUGACCCAAAAUACAAUAAAGUUAUUUUAAAAACAGAA